CGUAAAGAUGGCAGAAAAAAGUAAGCCUGAGAUGGAAACUGAUUCAGUUUUGCAGCAUUUCUGCGCCGUUACGGGUGCUGAAGCAAUUGUAGGAGAAAGAUUCCUGGAGGCUUGUAAUGGAAACCUCGAGUUGGCGAUUGGAAUGCACAUGGACAGCAAUGACGUGUCUCUGAUGAAUCCGCUCACACACCCGUCUACCUCGUCCGCUUUAGACGCUCCAGUCCCAGGCACAUCAGUAGCCAGUGAUGAUGCUGCUGCCACGGCUAGCACUGAAGACGAUAUAAGAGCACCAAUUCCACAGAAGCGCGAAUGUUUGAUUGAGGAUGUGCCAAGCUUUGCAGGUUUCCGACGUCGCCGAGGACCUGCCAGAUCUGUGUUUGAUGGUUUUCGUGAUUUCCAAGCUGAAGCAAGACAACAAGAACUGUUUGUGAAGACCGGUGUGCCUUCCAAGAAGAAAACUCUUGAGGAUCUGUUCCGUCCACCCAUUGACUUGACCUUCAAGGGAACCUUCCACAGUGCUCGUGAUGCGGGAACGAACCAGAACAAGUGGUUGAUGGUGAACAUACAGAACGUUCAGGAGUUUCUCUGUCAGGUGCUCAACCGCGAUGUGUGGAGCAACCCAGUCGUCAAAGAUCUCAUCAAGUCACACUUCAUAUUUUGGCAGGUUUACCAUGACAGUGAGGAGGGAAAGAAGUACAUGCAGUUUUAUGAAAUCACAACCUGGCCUUACAUUGCUAUUCUCGAUCCACAAACUGGUGAAAAUCUGGCAGUUUGGAACAAAGUCAAUACCCCAGCAUUUUCCGAUUUAAUUACAGAGUUUCUCGCUCUACAUCCUGACCCAGAAGGGGCUGAUUCACCACCCUGCAAAAAACACAAACUGGAGCACAGUUUGCUGGAAGCCAGUGAAGAAGACCAGUUGCAGGAAGCCAUUCAGCAGUCGUUGAAGCAACCAGAGAAAAGUCUGAACAGCUCACUGUUUGGUACUUCCGACUCCGAAUGUCUCUCAGACGACUUGGAAACAUUCUCCGAUUCCGACCAUAACUCGGACAGCGGAACCGAGCCAUUGAAAUCUGUAACAAAUAAAUCUCCAACAAAAACAAAACCUUGUGCUCAAAAUAAUGUAAACACUAAACACGUUGAACAUGUAAGUGUGGUGAAAAGGACUACAGAGUUGUCUGUUGCAGAGUCACGUGUUUCUUCCAAGGCAGCUAAAAGUCCUAUAAAUAAUACGUGUAUUCCUUGUGAUAGUCGGUUGGCUGAUAAAACAAAGUGUGUGGUGGAUAGAGCUUCCAGUCAUAGGUCUUCCAUUUCUUUUGUGGAGGAUUUCGGGCGACAGUCUUCUAUAGCAACAGUUGAGACGGAUGGUCAGAAGGAUGUUGAUGCCUCUGGUGAAAAGGAGGAAAUAACUAAUAACCAACAUGAGUGGCAACAUUUUAUGGGAAACCAAUCAGAUCCAACAACAAAUUUGAUGAUUCGGUUUCCCGAUGGGAAAAGACAGCAGUUGUCAUUACCUUGCUCAUCAACAUUACAGGCUCUUGUGAAGUAUGUUAUAUCAAGUGGUUUUUCUGAUGAACAGUACGAACUUGUAACAAAUUUCCCCAGACGGCAGCUGUCAAAGAUGGACUUUGAUAUGACAAUCAAAGACGCUGGCCUGCACCCGCAGGAGACAAUCUUUGUCCAGUCAAGAUGAUGACGGAUAAC